CGCCCGCAAUUUGUCCGCACCGGUUGUAGCAUACAGAACACAUCUGGGUUUCGGUGCGACCGGUAGCAAGGAUCAAGACAUCACCGCGACCAUUUGUACGCCUUCUUCCCUGACGUUGGGAUUUAGUCGACGCGGUUACUGAUCGAGCAUUGAGUUUCCAAGAGUCAGCGAGAAAUUCGCAGCAUGCGUUAUUCGGCAUUCUGCAUCUUGCUGCUGGUGGUCAGCGAGCCUCUACUCAUAUACGCAAACAAGGUGGUGUUGGUGAUUCCGCAACAGACGAGGCGUAGUAUGGGGCCAUCUUGGAGACCUACACCUACACGUUACAGAAAAUCAUCCCAAGCUAGUGAGGUUUAUUAUCACAGGUACCCUGGUUCUUCAGGACACUAUCACCCAAAGAAAGCUUUGUAUGGAAACCCACCGUUUCCUCAUGGGGGUGAUGACUUCGAUCAAGGCUAUGAGCAUGUGAACCAUGUGCACGUUCCUUACGGUAAAGGCAUCAGCCAUGCGAUUUCAUUCGGGAAAGGUUAUGUCCCUUAUGAUCAACUCAAAGGCACCUUCUCCUUUGGUCGUGAAAGGAACCCAAGCCCACAGGAGCAGAAACACUCAUCGGAAUCAGAAUAUCCAGCGACUCCAUUCACAUCAUCUGAUGCUGAGUAUGCACCUACGGGACACUCGUACGAACAACCCUCUCGGCCUGAAACGUUUUUCCCUGACCCGGACAGUGCUCUGAACUACAAUGAAAGGCGAAACGACUAUAAAAAGUUCUAUUCUCCUAGAUCUAUUGACAAGGACCAAGUUGCAAAUAAUCCAGUCGACCUCGGUCCAACCAUAAACAAGGAUCAUAUUCUCUUACUGCAGCAAAAAGGCACUGAACUGUACAAGAGCGUCNUCCCUCAGCCGCAAGCUGGCGUAUUGUUACCAUCUGGUAUUCCAUCGGCCACUAUUGGCGGGAGCAAAGAGGGAAUCGUAUUGAGAGAUACAGUAGCUUUAGACGAGUACCAGCAGAAACUACAGGAGAUGACCAAGUCCUGGCCACAGUUUCUGUCCAACACAGGUUAUGGUAAUAAUUACCAAAGCCAACUGGUUACUGCGGGCUACUCGACAGAUGCCUCUCCAUCUUCCAUGUUUAGUGGUUCCAUCAACUGGCCAAUAAACUUUGCCCAACCCAAGCAAAGUUAUGAUGUGAAGGAAGACACCAUGGAACCACCACACGAUUUCAGAACGAUGCCUAUUCAGACCUCUCCUUAUCACACGUUUCCUGUUCCCAUGAACGUGGCACUCCCAACAGUUUCACAAGCGGUACACGGCUAGAAUUUAGGAUGGUUCAGGUUAGGUUAAAUCUUUUUAUGGAUCACAUGACAUGCAUGGCGGACGAAUGCGCGGACCCAUGUGCAAUUAGAUU